AUGGCUCCCUUGUCGUGCUUCUACAUGUCCAUACCCUUGCUUUUCUUGUACUUGUGGUCUCAUCCUAUUGGCGCCCACAAUCUCUCUCGUCCUGUGAAACCUCUAUGUCUCGAGGAUGAAAUGUCUGCACUGCUGCAGUUUAAAGAGAGAUAUGAAAUCGACAAUGUUUCCGAUGAUCUUCUUGGUCGUCCCAAGACUCUAUCCUGGAAAAACAAUCGGGAUUGCUGCUCCUGGGAUGGGAUCAAGUGCGACAAGAACACGGGCCAUGUAAUUGCUCUCAACCUGGGAAGUAGUUUUCUCCAUGGUUCUAUCGACAACAACAGCACCCUCUUCCAGCUUGCUCGUCUUGAAAAGCUCAAUCUCAGUGACAAUCACUUCAACUUCUCUCAAAUACCAUCCCGAGUUGGAGAUCUGUCAAGAUUGACUCAUCUCGAUGUCUCUUAUUCCCUUUUUUCUGGCCAGGUCCCAUCAAAAAUCUUCGAGCUUACCAGGUUGGUGUACCUUAACCUGGGUUGCAAUCAAGGUGAAUAUAAUUGUCCACUUUUGUUGGAGAUGAAAGCACCAGGCCUGAGAAGCCUAGUUCAAAAUCUGACCAGCCUGGAAGAACUUUUCCUAAGUGCCGUCAACAUGUCUUUUGAAGUGCCCAACACUCUGGCAAAUCUGUCUUCCCUGAGAAGGCUACACAUGGAUGACUGCAACCUGCACGGUGUAUUUCCGUCUGCCAUUUUUCAUUUAUCAAAGCUGCGAUUUCUUGUGGUUGGUCACAAUGAUGCUCUAAUAGGCAGCUUGCCUAACUUUAACUCGAGCAGUCCUCUUAGAAAGCUGCAACUGCUAUUCACGAACUUUUCUGGGGAGCUAGCCAAGUCAAUCAAAAACCUUCCUUCAUUGAGUUAUCUUGACAUACAUGGUUGCCAAUUCUCUGGAUCCAUCCCGGCUUCACUUGCUAAUCUUAGCAACCUCGAAUACCUAGAUGUCGGUCUUAACCCAUUCACGGCCCGGUCCAUUUCCUCUAUGUCUUGGAUUUGGAAGAUGAAAAAUCUCACCACUUUAGGCCUCUGUCAAAUCAAUCUAUAUGGCGAGAUCCCACCUUCAAUCAGAAACUUGUCUCAACUUGUUGAAUUAGACUUUUUUGGCAACCAAUUAAGCGGUACCAUCCCAUCUCAACUCAUGAACCUCACUCGAUUGGCCGUGCUUGACCUUGAAGGCAAUAAAUUCCAUGGCGAGAUACCUUCAUCAAUUUAUCAACUCCAAAAUCUCCAAGUCCUCACCCUUGUGAAAAACAACUUCAACGGUACUGUUGAACUAAACAACUUUCUCAAGCUCAAACGAUUAAGAAUACUCCAACUAUCAUCUAACCGGCUAUCAUGCCGCAUGAGUAGUGCAAAUGGUCGUCAUCCUCAGCUUUUUGCCCUAGGACUGGCAUCGUGCAAUUUGAGCGAGUUUCCAGCAUUCUUACAAAACCAAGAGACUUUGAAUUGGUUGGACCUGUCGGAUAACAACAUUAGGGGAGAAGUGCCCUUUUGGGUGUGGAACAGCAGUUUUAAUAGCAUGCAAUACUUGAAUCUCUCUCAUAACUUUUUAACUGGUCUUGAUCGAUAUUACCCGAUCGAUCCUUUCUAUAUGUACACAAUAGACCUCUCUCACAACAUGUUGAAAGGACCACCCCCUGAAGCACCGCCGUCCAUAAUGUACUAUAUAGUAUCCAACAAUACACUGACGGGAGCAUUGCCACCAUGGAUCUGCAAUUUGAGUUCAGCAAUCACACUAGACUUGUCUUCUAACGAUUUGACUGGUGUGCUUCCAGUUUGUUUGGGCAAUAUCAGCGAAUCUCUCAUGAUAUUGAACCUAAAAGGCAACAAUUUCCACGGGAGCAUUCCCGAGCUAUUGGUGAGGGGAACGCAACUGACGAUGAUUGAUUUGAGUGACAACCAGUUGCAAGGCCAGUUACCAAGGUCCUUGGCCAAUUGCAAAAUGCUCAAGUUCAUCAACUUUGCAAACAAUUUUAUUGUGGACACCUUCCCGUCAUGGUUGGGAUCUCUACCAGAGCUUCAUGUCCUUAUUUUGCGAUCCAAUAAAUUCCACGGGAUCAUAGAUAGGCCUAUAUCUAGUUCCACGUUCCUUAAGUUGCGGAUACUUGACCUCUCUAUAAAUGCAUUCGUCGGUAAGUUGCCCAUGGAAUUAUUUCAAUAUUGGAUUGCCAUGAAAACCAAGACGGGAAACUAUACAUACAUGCACAAAAGCCUACAGCCGUCAGCACACCUUUUAUACACCUACUAUGGCAAUUACGAUUUCUCCAUGACAGUGAUUUACAAAGGGCUUAAAUGGUAUUACCCAAAGAUAUCAGAAGUCUUCACAAUCAUCGACUUCUCCUGCAAUUUGUUCAAAGGAGAGAUUCCUAGUGUCAUGGGUGAUCUCAAAGGACUACAGGGACUGAACCUUUCCAACAAUUUCCUCACUGGUCACAUCCCAUCGUCGUUAGGAAAUCUCACAGCACUUGAGUCAUUGGACCUUUCUCGGAACAAACUCUCAGGACAGAUCCCUCAAAAGCUAACAGAACUCGGGUUCCUUUCUUUCCUGAACGUGUCUUACAACAAUCUGACCGGGUCAGUGCCCAGAGGGAAACAGUUUGAUACGUUUUCGAACGACUCUUUUGAAGGGAACUCGGCACUAUGUGGGGAAUUCAUAUCCAGGAAAUGUCAAAAUUUAGGGGGUGUGUCAGAACAACCUUCAACCCACCAAGAAGAAGACUCGGGAUCACCAAUUGAACUCGAUUGGAAAAUUGUCCUAAUGGGGUAUGGGAGCGGCUUAGUCAUCGGAAUGGUCAUCGGAAAUGCAUUCAUCUCCUGGAAUCAUGUUUGGUUUAAAGGAAAUGCUAGGAGAAGGGGAUGGCCUAGUUGGAGGCAGCUUAGGAGGGGUAGGAAAUCCUAG